AGCUUCAUUCGCCAACUGAGGGUAUUCCUGUAUCUUUUUGGUCCAAAAUUCGUCCGGGUUCUGGGAAAAAAAUUGGAGCUUCAACAUUCAAAAAAAAAAUAAAAUAAAAUUUUAUCGUACGUGAUCGUUACAUGAACGGUUCUUCGUUGUGUUGGAACAAACCUUAUAUCUAUGACUAUCGGCAACAUCGCGCUGGAAAGAGGAGAGCGAGCAGAGAGUUAAGUGAUCUGUGAUUCUGUGAUCCUCUCUUCCUCUUCUCUCUUUCCUUGUUUUGCACUGUCAAUGUUGUGUUGUUGCAAGUUGUUGUUUGUUUGGUUGUUGUUGUUGUUGUUUGUUGCCUAUAAGUUUAUAACCUAUGUUAUUUUAAAAUAUUUUACUGAAUUUUAAAAUAUUUUACUGAACUUUGCAAAAUAUUUUUAUUCAGAUAUUUCAGUUUCUUCUUUAUUAGCCAUGGAAUGUAAAGUUGAAAUUAAGGAAGAGGUUGAAGAAUAUGACCAAAAUGAUAGACAGCUAUCCACAUCAGUAGAUCUGGAAGAUUUGAAAAAGGAACCUGGGGAAGAUUACCCAGGUUGCCUUCGGGAGGACAGAAUGAAAAUUAUCAAAACGACUGAAGAUCCAUCUCCUAAAGAAGAAUAUCGCAGCAGAAACAUUGAAAAAACAACAUUAGAUAUAAAUAUGAAACUUCAGACAUGUCAAGCAGAUAACAUGUGUAAAAUUUGUUUUAAACCGUUUUCUCAGGCAAAUAAUUUAAAAUGGCAUAUGAGUUUACACAGCGGAGAAAAACCAUACAAGUGUGAAAAUUGUUUUAAGCAGUUUUCUACAGCAAGUAAUUUGAAAACACAUUUGGUAGUGCACACUGAAGAAAAUCCUUACAAGUGUGAAAUUUGUUCUAAGCAGUUUUCUCAACUAGGUCAUAUAAAACGACAUAUGACAUUGCAUACUGGAGAAAAACCUUACCAGUGUGAAAUUUGUUUUAAACAGUUUUCUCAGGCAAGUAAUUUGAAAACACAUUUGAAAGUGCACAGUGAAGAAAAGCCUUACAAGUGCGAAAUCUGUUGUAAGCAGUUUAGAGACAUAGGUCACUUGAAAAGGCAUUUGAAAAGUCACACUGAAGAAAAUUCUUACAAGUGCGAAAUUUGUUUUAAGCAGUUUAGGGAAAUAGAUCACUUAAAAAGGCAUUUGAAAAGACACACUGGAGAAAAAUUUCACGAGUGUGAAAUUUGUUCUAAGCAGUUUUCUCAACUAGGUCAUAUAAAACGACAUAUGACAUUGCAUACUGGAGAAAAACCUUACAAGUGUGAAAUUUGUUUUAAACAGUUUUCUCAGGCAAGUAAUUUGAAAACACAUUUGAAAGUGCACAGUGAAGAAAAGCCUUACAAGUGCGAGAUCUGUUGUAAGCAGUUUAGAGACAUAGGUCACUUGAAAAGGCAUUUUAAAAGUCACACUGAAGAAAAUUCUUACAAGUGCGAAAUUUGUUUUAAGCAGUUUAGGGAAAUAGAUCACUUAAAGAGGCAUUUGAAAAGACACACUGGAGAAAAACUUCACGAGUGUGAAAUUUGUUUGAAGAGGUUUACUGCUAAAAGUCAUUUAAAAACACAUAUGAGAUCGCACACUGGAGAAAAGCCUUACAAAUGCGAAAUUUGUUUUAAGCAAUUUAUUACAGGAAAUAAUUUGAAGGUACAUUUGAGAUUGCACGUUGGAGUAAAACCUUAUAAGUGCGAAAUUUGUUGUAAGGCCUUUUAUGUGGAAUACAAAUUGAAACAACAUUUAAGUAAACAUACUGAAGAAAAACCCAAGUGUGAAGUUUGUCUAAAGCAGUUUAGCGAUAAAUCUAGUUUAAAAACACAUUUGAGAUUGCACACUGGGGAAAAUCUUCCCACGUGUGAAAUUUGCUUUAAGCAGUUUUCUCAACUAGGACAUAUGAAACAACAUAUGAGAUUCCACACUGGAGAAAAACCGUACAAGUGUGAAAUUUGUUUUAAGCAGUUUACUACAGGAUGUAGUUUGAAAGCACAUUUGAGAUUACACAAUGGGGAAAAACCUUACAAGUGUGAAAUUUGUUUUAAGCAGUUUUCCCGAUCAAAUGAUUUAAAAAGACAUUUGAUGACACACACUGGAGAAAAACCUCACGAGUGUGAAAUUUGUUUUAAGCAGUUUAGAGAAAUAUAUCAAUUGAAAAGGCAUUUGAAAAUUCACACUGGAGAAAAACCGCACACUAGUGCGAAAUGUGUUUAAAGCCAAGGGAAAGACAGUUAAUCAUGCCUAUUCUGUAACUCGUUUCGAUGGUAGAAGUCAGGAAAAUCGAAUAGAAGUGGCCAAGUCGAAUAGAAAUAGUCAAAAUCGGUAUUUCAUAACUCCCUCGGAAUCUCUACAAUCGGAAUAGUGAAUAGAAAUGACUUCGACACCAUUUACCCUGUCAAAAUUAGAUUUCGAUAAUCAGAAUUGUGCUUGACGCAAGCGCAUUGUAUUUUGUUUUGACGUUUAUAUUUUAUGUCUACUACAAAUAAUGUAUUACUACUUAUUUAUCAUUAUUUAUAGUAUUUUUACCUUUUGUAUCUGCUUAAUUUUUAGUCUGUGGUGGUAUUUACUUAGGAACUUGUAUAUUUAAUUUAUACAUGUAUAAUACGAGUAUGCAUCAAACCUAACCUAAAAAUUGAUGUGGCAUCCGAAAUUCAGAUUCUGAAUGCUGAAUGUUUGCCAGUCACAAUGUUGCCUAAGUUUUUUAUUUAUUUCUUGUACAAUUUCAAUCAAUGGUAUAAUGUACAAGAAUAGAUUGUGUACAAGAACGUUUAAAAUAUAAAGAGAGACUUAUAGCGUUGAUUGAUAAAUAUAUUAUACCAGUUUACUUGUAUUUGUAUCAACCAACGCUUAUAGAAAAGAAAAUAAUUAUAGAAAAGACGCUGUUUUUGGGAAAAGUUGUUUAUAAGUUAUUUUAGCUUCAAUCAAAUCUUAAAAUUGUAUAAUUAUUAGUAAUAUCUUACAUCAUACAUCUUAUCCUCAUUUGUUAUUUCAAAAAUAUUUUAACUGUAUGUAAUGUGAAAGUAUGAAAAAUUGAAGAUAUGGCAACGGUGUCGUAUUUCAAAUGGACCGGGAUAGUGUGACGUCAAAACGUCAAAAUUUUUCCAAACACGCUGUGUCUAGGUAUACGCUAACGUGUACGCAAAUAAAAAAGUUAAAUGUUAUAACAAAUAUUUUUCUAUCAAACAAACACUAAACAUAUCAAAAUAGCGUGUAUCAAAAUAUACAGUCACUGCCCACGCUAAACAGUCACUAGCUUGAUAAAGUUUAACUUUUUUAUUUGCGUACAUUUUAGCGUGUACCUAGACACAACGUGUUUGGAAAACUUUUUUUGACGUUUUGACGUCACGACUAUCACGGUCCAUUUAGAACCAGCAACAAACAGGUCACAGAACACUAAUUUCGCUUGACAAUGCGGGGAUGCCACCCUCUCUUGACCACGUGAAAUAGAAAUUGCCGAUUUCGAUUCAACCUGCAACCUGCUUACGAUGUGAGUUACAGAAUGCCAAUCCAAACAAGAAAAUGACGCGAUAGAUAUCAAACAUUCCGAUUGCGCGUAAUUACGAUUCGACUUGGUCAUUUCUAUCCGAUUUGUUAAAAGUUACAGAAUAGGGCUUAAUGUUUAUUUUAAACGCUAUGUCUAGGUGCACGCUAACUUGUACGCAAAUAAAAAAGUUAGGUACACGCGAGCUAAACGUCAUCAAGUUAGUGACGGCAUUAUUUAGCGUGCACUGUGGCUGGUUUUUUGGUACACGCUAACUUGAGCCGCGUGUAUGCUGUGGUAAGAAGUACCGCGAGUGUCAUGAGUGAGGUUAGAAUGUGUCUAAUCGCGUUGUGUUUAUAUUCUAAUAUUGAUUAGUAAAGAAUUAUCUUAUUUGUU